AUGACAAACGUUGUAAAUGUAAACGCAUUCGCCUUUUCUAGACGCAACAGGAGCUCAUUGUUGAUCGUUUUGCUCGUAUUUUUAUAUUCGAACGUCAUUCCUGUAACGACACACAAUUCGGCCCUUAUUGUACACGAAAGGAAAUUGCAAAGACUAUUAAGCAAAGCCGACGCAAAUGAAGUUAGUCCCUUUAAAAGUACACUUCAUGGAGAUACAAAUGAAGAUAAAAAUGUGUUAGAAUCAGUUGGGAAAUUGCCCAAGGUGUGCAACGUGGAAGAUGUCAAUGUGUAUGUAAACGAAGAAACAGAACUAAAUAAGGUGCACGGAUCAGGUAUUGUUCGACUAAGUCUGAAAGAUGCGUUCAUUGGAAGUUAUAAUUAUUUUAAGCAGUUGAAAAAAGGUUAUUAUAAAAUGAUGGAGUCCUCAAGAAAGUGGUUUUAUAAAAGUGUCGUACAAUGUAGAAUACCUGAUGAUGUGAUGGAACAUCUUUGGGAGGAAUACGAGACAGGACUAAUUGAGGAUUUGAAUGAGAUGGAAGAAUUUUGCGUCGAAAGCAUUUUUGAUUUUGCAGGAAAUGGAAGGAUUGGAAAAAUCACCAAAGACGAAUAUGAUCAGUUUAAUAAGAACAUGAAGGAUAUUUGUAAACGUUUCACCAAACUCACUGAAAAAAAAUGGAAAGGCUUAAUGAGUGAUAAGAUGAAGAUUAUUAAAAAAGAGAUGAAUACACAAAAAAAGGGAAAGUACAAUUAUGGGUAUGAUGACGUAGUGGAACAAUUUUACUUAGAUGAAAUUAUGAACCCAAUACAGGAUGAAACGACGGAAGAGGGAGGAGAAGAUGAUGAUGAGGAUUUAUUAAAGAAACAGGCAACCGUGUUACAGCAAAUUGAGGAGUUAUGCGAACUGUGCGAAGAGGAAGGGGAGCUAAUGGAUGAGGAAGAGGACGAAUUCAAAGUUGAUUUUGAGCAAAUUGAUGUGGAGGAACAAAUAGAAACGGGACGUAAGCAAAGGGAGAAGGAACGGAACAGAAGAGAAAAGGAAGCUAAAUCGUAUCGCAGGGAGAAGAGGACAAACGUAAAGGAAUCGAACCCAAGUGUAAAGAAGUCAAGGUUCAAUGAAAACAGAUCCCAUGGAAGGGACACCAAGCGAAGCAGUAUGAGAAGGAGAUGA